UUGGUACAGGGCGGUCUGUUUUAUCGUAAAGUUUGUUGGUUGGCGUGUUACAACACAUACACAGGAUGGCCCAGCUGGAAAAGAUUUUACAAAUAUUUUCUUGUUUUUUGUUUUGUAUAGUAUUUUCCGAAUGUUCACAAAGUUCUGGACUGACUGUCGACUACUCAACCAAUGGCACGUAUAGUCUGCUGGUAGAUGGGUCCGUCUGGUUGACCAACGGACAAACAUAUUUUUACAACAAUGGCCGCCGAUUCUCGUCUGCUGAUGCGUCACUAAAGCUGGCCAACACGACCAUCACGUCAGGGACUGACAAGGUGGGUCAGUGGCAGGCUAUCCAGUACACCUACCUGGCGGGGACCCUGACAGUCAUGGCGUCCAUCAAAACCUACAACCUGCCCAACCUACCGCUGGUCGUGUUUUCUCAGAAAUACCUGACGGACGGCAUCGGGACGUCUGCCCAAGACCCCGAAUACGUCAUCAGCUCGUUCCCCAGCUUCAACACCAGACAGGAGUCGGAUGUAGAACUGGGUUACCUGGGCUUUGGUGGGGACAUGGCCGGGUAUAACGGCAUCAACAUGGGCAGUUGGCAACACAGUACUUUUAUGUACACUGGUAUUACAGGGGGACCACUCGUGUUAUUCGACAACUCGAGUAACGCCAUGAUUAUCUCCCCUAUGAGUCAGUUUAUGGCGGCGUCCAACCGUCUGGAGCUAUUUCUCGGCGAACUGCAGUACGGCAUUAUGGGACUUAUCGACACAGUUCCGAAGGGAUAUGACGUGGAUUUUAUUCUUUAUUACAGCGACAGGGGCAUUAAUCAGGUGAUUCAAGAAUGGGGUGAAUUUAUGAGGAUGUUUUACAACAAAAGUCCUGAACGGCGCAACACGGCCUUGACCGUCAACUACAUGGGUUACUGGACUGACAACGGUGCCUACUACUACUACCACACCGAAGAUGGACAGAACUACCAGACGACCAUGCUGGAUGUCGUCAAGUACAUCAACCAAAAGCAGAUACCAUUCAAGUACAUGCAGUAUGACUCAUGGUGGUACGCUAAAGGUCACAAGCGUGGAACAGUCACGUGGACACCGGAAGCAGAUAUUUUCCCAGACGGCUUUAGAUACUUGUAUGAGCAGACGAAGUUGCCGUUUGGAUGUCACAACCGUUACUGGGACAACCAAACAACGUACGCCAAAUAUAAUGGCGGGAAAUACAACUUCCUGUCUGAUACAUAUUUUGGGUUAGCCGUCCCCAAUGACGCACAAUUUUGGCUUGACCUCUUCAACAUGACCAAACAAUGGGGGCAAUUUAUUUUAUACGAGCAGGACUGGAUGAACUGGGAGAACGACCAGAACAAGGCUCUCUUGACUGACCUCACCCUGGGCCGGAAGUGGUUGACGGACAUGGGCAACGGCGCCGCGGCCUAUCCCGACAUUGAGAUCCAGUACUGCAUGUCCUACUCUCGUCACAUCCUGCAGUCGCUAGAGGUCCCUGCCGUCACGCAGGCCCGAGUGAGCGAGGACUACCACCCAGGGGGCAGACAGUGGAACAUCGGCAUCUCCUCCAUGCUAGCAGACGCCGUGGGUCUCGCUCCUUUUAAGGACACGUUCUGGACCACUGAACAGCAGACCGGAAGUCCAUAUGGAGCUGACACGGAACCCCUGACAGAACUCAACAGCCUGCUCGCCACCCUCAGCACGGGCCCUGUGGGACCCGGGGACGGGAUAGGCUACAUCAACCUCACCCUGCUGAUGAGAUGCUGUGACUCGACUGGCCAGAUUUUACAGCCAAACAAACCAGCCACGGCCAUCAACGACCAAAUUAAAAAGCGAGCUUUCCUGUCCUACCCCGGGCCAUUGGGCGAGGUCUACACCACCCACAGCAACGUGUCCAGCCUCAUCUUCGGCAUCGUCAUGGCAGCCGACUUACAGAAUGUGUACUCCUUGACCCCAUCCAGUGGGUGGACGCCUGGACUGAUCCCGCCCAACAGCGUGGUGUAUUCUGGGACCGCAGCUGUCAGCCAGCUACAGCCGUUCUCUGAGAGCAGCCCGCUACAGCUAGGACAGCAGUGUACAGCCCGGCUGUUCUGUCUCUUCUACACCUCGCCAGUCCUACAGCUGGGCUCACACACCAAAGUCAUCCUGCUAGGCGAGCUGGACAAGUGGGUGCCUAUGUCGUCCAAGAGGUUCCGUGCCGUGGCCGUGUCUGAUGAUGACGUCACUGUGGAGCUGACGGUCAACGCUCGCGAGACGGUCACGUUUAAUUACGUCACUGACAACGAUCCCGUCCGGACGGUCGUGUGUGACAACAGCCAAAGUUCAAGGCCUGCUGACGUCACUAUCAUCAGCAUUGCUAAGAGCUCGUGCACACUGAAGUUUUUUUAGCCCACCCACAC